UUAUUAGUUUAAAUUUAACUUGAGUUGAAUGAGUUGGUGUUUAAAAUGAUUUUACUGGUUACUAUCUUAUUUUUUCUGGUUUUAUUUUAUUUUUAUUCAAACAGAAAAAUUUACUAUUUAUCGUGGAAAUUAAGUGGUCCACUAGCUUUACCUCUUAUUGGAAACGGACUGACAUUUUUUUGUAAAGACAGCGAAUUACUGGAUCGAUCAGCAGAAGUUUGUAAAACAUAUCCCAGUCCAUUGAGAAUAUGGUUUGGCCCAAAAUUUUCUAUGAUUAUUACAGAGGUUGAACAAGCUCAGAAAAUAAUGUGUUCUUAUAAUUUCACUACAAAGGAUCCUGGCGUAUAUAGAUUUCUAGAAGAAUUCCUUGGAAAAGGUUUAAUCACUGCCAGCGGUUUGAAGUGGAAGACAGAUAGACGUUUAAUAACUCCAACAUUUGCCAAAAAAAACAUUCUACAAUAUUUCCAGCCCAUUUUAGAUCAAACGAAGAUACUGAUUAAAAUUCUGAAUAAACAACUGAAUCAACCUACCUUUGAUAUUGGACAUUGCAUUCAUACAUGUUCAGUCGAUAUUGUAAAUGCAACAAUUUUAGGAGUUACUACCAGAGCUCAAUUUGGAGAAUUGGACGGAUUGUGUGACAUUGUAAAAAGACUCUAUAUCAUUGUCCAUGCUAGAAUUGUUAAAAUUUGGCUACAAAAUGAUAAGUUAUUUCAGUGGUCAUCAUACUGGAAAGAACAUGAAUAUGGAAAAAAAGUUUUUUAUGAGUUUAUGGAUCAGGUGAUCGAUAAUAAAUCUGUUAACGCCAGAUCAUGUGUACCAAUCAUUGAUCAGCUAAAAGAGAUCAGUGACAAAAAAACAGGAUUUUGUAGUCAUUUUGACUUAAGAGAUCAUCUUGCAACUUUAUUUGCGGCAUCUGAAGAUACAGUAACGUCGAUUACUUCUUUUACUUUACUUCUUCUUGGAAUGUAUCCUGAAAUCCAAGAAAAAGUGGUGCGAGAAAUAUAUGAGAUAAUGGGUGAUGGAGAACAUGAUAUUCAAGAACCUCAUUUAGAGAAGUUCGUUUAUUUGGAUAUGGUAAUUAAAGAGGUAAUGCGUUUGUUUCCGAUUGCUAGUUUCAUUGUUCGGAAAUCAGAACGAGAAUUUAAUUUAGAAGGAUAUUUAAUCCCUGAAAAAUGCAGCGUGAUAAUAUCAAUUUACAAUAUCCAUCGAGAUAAAAGGUAUUGGGAAAAACCAGAUGAAUUUUAUCCAGAACAUUUUCUCCCUGAAGCUACGAGAACGAGACACCCAUAUGCAUAUAUGCCUUUCAGUGCUGGACCAAGAAGUUGUAUUGGCAAACAUUUUGCAGUUAUGGCACUGAAAAUAAUAUUAGUAACCAUUCUUCAGAAUUUUGAAAUUGAAUCUGCAGGUAAAUUGGGGGAUAUAAAACUGAAAACUGACAUUAGUGUUCGUCCGAAAGAUGAAUGUUUUCCUGUUCAAAUAAGGAAGAGGCAGUUUAUUGAUUAAGAUAUUUUAUUUAAAUAAAUAAUUAUUUGGUUU